AUGGAUUCUGUCAAACGCAUAACAGAUUCUCUGGAGAAGCCAGACCUUGACGACCGGCUGUACCGUGUCAUCGAGCUUCCCAACAAGCUGGAGGCACUGCUCGUUCAAGAUGCGCAGGCAGACAAGGCAAGCGCAAGUCUCAACGUCCAUGUUGGGAACUUCUCCGAUUCAACAGACAUGCCUGGAAUGGCACAUGCUGUAGAGCAUUUGCUAUUCAUGGGCACAGAAAAGUAUCCAGGAGAGAACGAAUAUAGCAGCUACCUUUCCUCCCAUGCUGGCUACUCCAACGCGUAUACGGCGGCCACACAAACAAAUUACUUCUUCGAGUGUGCCGCAUCACAUGAAGGACAAGAGGGCGCUGUGAACGGGGACGCAAAGGGGCCAUUGUAUGGCGCCUUGGACCGUUUUGCACAGUUUUUCGUGAAGCCUCUCUUCCUCGAGAAUACCUUGGAUAGAGAACUAAAUGCAGUGGAUUCGGAAAACAAGAAGAAUCUCCAAAGCGACGUUUGGAGACUGUCGCAGCUGGCCAAAUCGCUGUCGAAUCCCGAACACCCCUACCAUCAUUUCUCCACAGGCAAUUUGCAAACGCUAAAGGAUGAGCCGGAAAAGAGAGGAGUCAAGAUUCGGGAUGAGUUCAUUCGAUUUUAUGAGAGACACUAUUCUGCAAACCGUAUGAAGCUGGUAGUGCUGGGGCGCGAGUCCUUGGACGAGCUGGAGGGCUGGGUGGUUGAAUUCUUCUCCAAAGUUCAAAACAAAGAUCUGCCAGAGAAUAGGUGGGACGGGAUUGAGAUUCUAGAAAAGGACCAGCUAUCCACUGAGGUCCUCGCAAAGCCAGUGAUGGAACGUCGAUCUCUUGAAAUCAGCUUCCCUUAUCAGGAUGAAGAAUCGAUGUACGAGACCCAACCAGCCAAGUAUAUCUGCCAUCUCCUGGGCCACGAGGGACCGGGGAGUGUGUUCGCUUAUCUGAAGAAUAGAGGGCUGGUGUCAUCUCUAUCUGCGGGAUACCAUCCCAUCUGCCCCGGGUCUGCGUUCCUUGAGCUGGACAUUGAACUGACGUUGGAGGGGUUGAAGAAAUACCAUGAAAUUGUGACAACCAUAUUCCAAUACAUUGGCAUGAUGAAGGCGAACCCACCUGUUGAGUGGAUGUAUGAAGAAACGAAGAACAUGGCUGAAGUUGAGUUCAGAUUCCGACAGAAAACACCGCCUAGCCGCUUCACCAGUGGCACAAGCAGCUUGAUGCAGAAGCCGUUGCCCCGCAACUGGUUACUGAGUGGUACAAGCAGACUGCGCAGGUUCGAUGCCGAAGGUAUCGUACAGGCCAUGCAGUACUUGCGGGAAGACAACUUCCGCCUCAUGCUGGUAUCCCAAGAGUAUCCGGGCUCAUGGGAUCAAAAGGAGAAAUGGUACGGGACGGAUUACAAGGUCGAAAAGAUACCUACCGACGUCCUAUCAGAGGUCCGAAAGGCCCUCUCAUUCCCACAAACUGAAACGCCCAAGGAGCUUCAUCUGCCACACAAGAAUGAAUUUAUCCCCACCAAGCUGGACGUUGAGAAAUUGGAUGUCAAGGAGCCAGCGAAGGCACCAAAACUGCUACGCAACGAUGAGCUGGUUCGCCUCUGGUGGAAGAAGGACGAUGUGUUCUGGGUUCCCAAGGCCAACGUCAACAUCAGACUACGAAAUGCACUCACAGGCAGUAAUCCGGUCAACUAUACCAAGACGAUGAUCUUUGAAAUGUUGGUCAGAGAUGCUCUGCAAACUUAUGCGUACGAUGCCGAAAUCUCCGGUCUUGGAUAUUCAAUCUCCGCCUUUCCGCUUGGUCUGGACAUUGGCGUACAUGGGUAUAACGACAAGAUGGCCGUCCUUCUGGAAAAGAUCUUGGUUACUCUCCGCGACAUUGAGCUCAAACAAGAUCGUUUCGAUAUCAUCAAAGAGCGCAUGUCACGAAUAUUCAAAAACUGGUACCUUCAGCCGCCGUACGGCCAAGUGGGUGAAUAUACAAGAUGGCUAUUGACCGAACGUGGGUUCAUGACCGAUGCAUAUGCUGCCGAACUACCGCACAUCACCUUUGAAGACAUCAAGAACUUUGGACCAAAGCUUCUACAACAAACUCACGUUGAGAUUCUCGCGCAUGGCAACCUGUACAAGGAGGAUGCUAAGAAGAUUGCAAACCUUGUCGAAUCGACCUUGAAGCCCCGCGCUUUCCCAGUCUCGCAGUGGCAUCUAAGGCGUAACAUUGUCAUUCCGGAAGGAAGCAAUUUCAUUUACAAGCAGACCCUAGGAGAUCCGGCAAAUGUGAAUAACGCCAUCGAGUAUUUUCUCGACGUAGGCCACGUCAUGGACAUCAGACUUCGUGCGAGGCUACAAUUGUUCGCGCAGAUGACAGAUGAGCCAGCCUUCAAUCAACUCCGAACCAAAGAGCAACUAGGGUACGUUGUCUGGAGCGGUCUACGCCCAGCUGCGGUGACAAUGGGCUAUCGAGUGCUUAUUCAAAGCGCUCGGGAUCCGGAAUAUCUCGAAACACGGAUAAAUGCCUUCCUGCUGAAGUUCAAGCAAGAUCUGCAAGACAUGUCAGAGGAAGAAUUCGAGGGCCACAAGCGAAGCCUUAUCAGCAAGAGACUGGAGAAACUCAAGAACUUGACUAUGGAGACAAACCGUCUCUGGGUCCACAUCAGCGGCGAGUUUCUAAACUUCCACCAAGUCGAAAUUGACGUCGCGGCCAUCAGACAGCUCACCAAGGACGACAUCGCCCAGUUCUAUGCCCAUUAUAUAGACCCAGAGUCACCUACCCGAGCCAAGCUAUCUAUCCACCUCGAAGCACAAAAAUCAACUCCCGUUGCUGAAGUGCCAACAUCGGAGAAGAAGGACCAGUUCGUAGGACUCGUCGGACAAGUUCUCGGAUCCCUUGGUGUGGAUCUGGAUGAGCACAAGCUUAAAUCGCAUUUCGAAAAGGUCGAUCCUAUCGAUGACGCGGCCACUGCGAAUGCCAUCGACGAAUACAUUGGCACAUCCCUCGCUGCAUCAAAGAAGGCCGAAAUCGUUGAAAAAGUCAAGGAGGCGAUUCCUCAAAUUCUGCUGGCUUCCACUAUCAAGCCUGUGACACCACCUCCAAAUCCGACUGAAAUCGCUUCAAAAGUCCCCACCCCUGUUAUCAUAGAAGAUGCUUUCAAGUGGAAAGCUGGUCUGCAAGUCAGCAAGGCUCCCCUGGCUGUGGUGGAUAUCGCUCAGUUCGAGGAUCUAGAGUCGAAGUUGUAA